GGUUCAUCUACACAGGUGAUGUGGUCCACAGGAUGCUGACGGCCACCCAGUACAUUGCCCCCCUCAUGGCCAACUUUGACCCCAGCGUCUCCAGGAACUCAACCGUCAUCUACUUUGACAAUGGUACAUGGCAUUCAAUCUCUAUUUUCUAUGCUCUGUCCUUAAGAUUGUAGCAACUCCAGCUACCAGAUCCCACUGACAGCAGUGUGUAAUUUGCAAGAUGCAAAGCUGAGAGCCAUGGCUCUCAAAGGCAUGCUAUAGCACAUGACGAACUGCACCAGAAGCACAGACUAUUGGUGAAAAAAACAUACUGGGCUCUUUCAAAAACAGUUCAAUCUUAUGGUUGGAAUCUCUUCUCUGCCAAGUGAGCCUUCAUUGCUUGCCAAUCUCCCCAAAUCAGUGUCUGCAUCCCAAAUGGCACCGUAUUCCCUAUUUAGGGAAUAGGGUGUCAUUUAGGAUGCAGUUAGUGACUGACCAGCUGAAUGACCUUUUCCAGUGGAGCUCAUCAUAGGUUAGGCAGUGUGGCAGCUGAUCAAUACCCAGCCUAGCUGCUCUUUACCAGUCCAUCCAUCAGUCAAUGCCAGUGCUGCAUGUAGACUGGAACCUCAGCCUUGCCUCACUACCUCAUGCACAUCCAAUUAAAACCUGAAUCAUCUACUUUAAAUGUAGCCCUCCAUGGUAACCCACUGACAACCUUGUUACGUCUCAAAUUACACCCUAUUCCCUAUAUAGUGCACUGCUUUCGAUCAGGCCCCUUUGCACUAUAUAGGGAAUAGGGUGCCAUUUGGGACACACAUCCACUGACAGCCUCUCUUUCUCACUUUAAGAACUAUUCAACAUUGUAAGAAGUUGUGUAGAUGUAUAUUGAACGUUUUCAAAUCCUAUGCAGUCAUCGUCCCCCUGCCGACUAGUACACUCUGUUCCCAGUGUGUCGAGAAAGAUUUGUUUUGCCUAGCUUUCUGCAGCAUAUAAGCCAUUUAGGGAAAAACAAGGCCAGCUUGUGCAGUGCACUCAUUCUCACCCAGUCUGUAUUUUUAGAAGAGGGAGCCCCAGAUAGCACGGCUGGUUUCUCUCUGAACUCAAUGCAUUUUAAGUAGGCUCAGGCCUUCUAUUAGGCUUACCUUAUAGCGCUGACUGGUGGAACUCACACGGCCACCAAGGAGUAGCCACCCUACUCUCUUUUCCUUCCUCGAAUCUACCUAUAACUCUGUCUACCUCUACACGUUUUCACUUUGCCCUCAAUUGCCCCCUCUCUCCCUCCCUGCCUCCCCAUCCAAAACAUAAUCCAAGCAGAGUAGCGUUGCAUUCCCAGCCCCCUGUACACUGUUGUGGCCAGGACCUAUUCUCAGUCAGAUAGAUAGAGCAUUCAGACAGACAGGGUUACUGUAACAACCACUGUAUGCGUCCCAAAUGGCACCCUAUUCCCUAUAUAGUGCAACACGUUUGACCAGGGCACAUAGGGCACCCCAUUUCCUAUAUAGGGAGUAUCCACUGACAUACCCUGCCCCGAUUCCUGUCCUCUCUACAUCAAGCAUGCAGCCCCAUGCCCUGGCCAGGUCAUCGAGAAUCCUGUAGCAUCAGCCUCAUGUAUAAGCCUUCUGGAGGCCAGAUGUGGAUAUUAUGGGGUUUCCUGUAGCACUACAGCUGCAGUACUCCUAGCUGUCAGCAGAUAAACUAAAUCCCCACUUUACUUUGGACAGGAGAGGGGCUCUGGCUGUGUGAUGGAAAAAUUGAUUACUUGUGUUAACAAAACUUUAUUGCUCUGGCUCUUGGCCAAAUGACUGUCUGGCUGCAUGGGAGAGCGAAUGCAUCACUUUCAUAUCCAAAGGCUCUCAAAAGUCCACACUAAAUCAAAACAGCAUGGGGAGGAACGGGAGGCUUGCAGUCCGGGGUAGGGAUGUGCACGGUUAUUUGAAAGUGUGAAUAUUCGAACGGAGGUUAGUAUUCGAAUACUUGUGUGAGGCCUAUUUUAACCUGAUUUUAACACUGAAAAGGCUUUUCUAAAUUAAAUUAAAAUAUCCAUGUAACUAUGUUUUUUUUUAUUGUAUAUAUAUAUAUAUAUAUAUAUAUAUAUAUAUAUAUAUAUAUAUAUAUAUAUAUAUAUAUUAUUAUUUUAAAAAAAUUCCCUAGAUAUGGCGCCGACGAAGAUGGUGGCCUUCGCGACUAGCUCUUAGGAAACUUUGCGGUAUUUUGUUUCUUUAUGUAUUAUUUUUUACAUUAUUAGCUCAGAAAGUGUUUUGUAUCAUUACAUACAGCCGGGAAAAACUAUUGGAUAUCAGAGUGGCGGUAACUCACCAGCGUUACGACCAGGAAGACGACUUUCCCGAAGCAGAUCCUUUGUUUGCUCUCCCCAGGGCAAUUGAACUGAUUCCAGCGGCUGACCCAAAACAUCGCCGGCGGAGGAGAGGCACUCGGAGCGGCCUGCUGGUUCGACUUAAGAGGCACGCACACCACCCACCGCUUCCAAGUAUACUACUCGCUAAUGUUCAGUCUCUGGUUAACAACCUCGACGAGCUCGGGGCAAGGAUUUCUUUCCAGAGAGACAUCAAGGCCUGUAACAUACUUUGUUUCACGGAAACAUGGCUCUCUGGGGAUAUUCUGUCGAAAUCAGUCCAGCCAGAUGGGUUCUAAGUUCAUCGCGCAGACAGGAAUAAAUAUCUCUCCGGGAAGCAGAAGGGCGGAGAUGUGUGUUUCAUGAUUAACGACUCAUGGUGUAAUUGUUGUAACAUACAGGAACUCAAGUCCUUUUGUUCACCUGACCUAGAAUACAUCACAAUCAAAUGCCAACCAUAUUAUCUCCCAAGAUAAUUUUCUUCAGUUAUAGUCAUGGCCGUGUAUAUCCCCCCUCAAGCCGAUACCACGACGACCCUCAAAGAACUUCACUGGACUUUAUGUAAACUGGAAACCACAUAUCCUGAGGCUGCAUUUAUUGUAGCCGGGGAUUUUAGCAAAGCAAAUUUGAGGACUAGGCUGCUGAAGUUCUAUCAACAUAUCGACUGUUGUACUCGCGCUGCUAAAAUCCUCGACCAUUGCUAUUCGAACUUCCGGGAUGGUUAUAAGGCCCUCCCCCGCCCUCCUUUCGGCAAAUCUGACCACGACUCCAUUUUGCUCCUUCCUUCCUAUAGGCAGAAACUCAAACAGGAAGUACCCAUGCUAAGGACUAUUCAACGCUGGUCUGACCAAUCGGAAUCCACGCUUCAAGAUUGUUUUGAUCACGCGGACUGGGAUAUGUUCCGGGUAGCUUGCGAAAAUAAUUUAGACUAAUACACUGAAACGGUGACUGAGUUUAUCAGGAAGUGUAUAGGUGAUGUUGUGCCCACUGUGACUAUUAAAACCUACCCUAACCAGAAACCGUGGAUAGAUGGCAGCAUUCGUGCAAAACUGAAAGCGUGAACCACCGCAUUUAACCAUGGCAAGGUGACUGGGAAUAUGGCAGAAUACGAACAGUGAAGCUACUCACUCCACAAGUCAAUUAAACUGGCAAAACAUCAGUAUAGAGACAAAGUGGAGUCGCAAUUCAACGGCUCAGACACGAGACGUAUGUGGCAGGGUCUACAGACAAUCACGGACUACAAAAAGAAAAGCAGCCACGUUGCCGACACCGACAUCUCGCUUCCAGACAAGCUAAACACCUUCUUCGCCCGCUUUGAGGAUAACACAGUGCCACUGAUGAGGCCCACUACCAAGAACUGUGGCCUCUCCUUCUCCGUGGCCGACGUGAGUAAGACAUUUAAGCAUGUUAACCCCUGCAAGGCUGCCAGCCCAGACGGCAUCCCUAGCCGCGUCCUCAGAGCAUGUGCAGACCAGCAGGCUGGUGUGUUUAUGGACAUAUUCAAUCUCUCUCUUUCCCAGUCUGCUGUUCCCACAUGCUUCAAGAUGGCCACCAUUGUUCCUGUACCCAAGAAAGCAAAGGUAACUGAACUAAAUGACUAUCGCCCCGUAGCACUCACCUCUGUCAUCAUGAAGUGCUUUGAGAGACUAGUCAAGGAUCAUAUCACCUCUACCUUACCUGUCACCCUAGACCCACUUCAAUUUGCUUACCGCACCAAUAGAUCCACAGACGAUGCAAUCGCCAUCACACUGCACACUGCCCUAUCCCAUCUGGACAAGAGGAAUACCUAUGUAAGAAUGCUGUUCAUUGACUAUAGCUCAGCAUUCAACACCAGAGUACCCUCCAUGCUCAUCAUUAAGCUCGAGGCCCUGGGUCUGAACCCCGCCCUGUGCAACUAGGUCCUAGACUUCCUGACGGGCCGCCCCCAGGUGGUGAAGGUAGGAAACAACAUCUCCACUUCGCUGAUCCUCAACACUGGGGCCCCACAAGGGUGCGUGCUCAGCCCCCUCCUGUACUCCCUGUUCACCCAUGACUGCGUGGCUAAGCACGCCUCCAACUCAAUCAUCAAGUUUGCAGACGACACAACAGUAGUAGGCUUGAUUACCAACAAUGACGAGACCGCCUACAGGGAGGAGGUGAGGGCUCUGGGAGUGUGGUGCCAGGAAAAUAACCUCUCACUCAAUGUCAACAAAACAAAGGAGAUGAUCGUGGACUUCAGGAAACAGCAGAGGGUGCACCCCCCUAUCCACAUUGACGGGACCGCAGUGGAGUAGGUGGAAAGCUUCAAGUUCCUUAACGUACACAUCACUGACAAACUGAAAUGGUCCACCCACGCAGACAGUGUGGUGAAGAAGGCGCAACAGAGCCUCUUCAACCUCAGGAAGCUGAAGAAAUUUGGCUUGGCACCUAAAACCCUCACAAACUUUUACAGAUGCACAAUUGAGAGCAUCCUGUCGGGCUGUAUCACCGCCUGGUACGGCAACUGCACCGCCCGCAACCGCAGGGCUCUCCAGAGGGUGGUGCGGUCUGCCAAACGCAUUACUGGGGGCAAACUACCCGCCCUCCAAGACACCUACAGCACCCGAUGUCACAGGAAGGCCAAAAAGAUCAUCAAAGACAUCAACCAUCCGAGCCACUGCCUGUUCACCCCGCUAUCAUCCAGAAGGCGAGGUCAGUACAGGUGCAUCAAAGCUGGGACCAAGAGAAUGAAAAACAGCUUCCAUCUCAAGUCCAUCAGACUGUUAAAUAGCCAUCACUAGCACAUUAGAGGCUGCUGCUGCCUAUUGAAAUCACUGGCCACUUUAAGAAAUGGAACACUAGUCACUUUAAUUAUGUUUACAUAUCUUGCACUGCUCAUCUCAAAUGUAUAUACUGUAUUCAAUUCUAUAAUAUUCUACCGUGUCUUAGUCCAUGCUGCUCUGUCAUUGCUUGUCCAUAUAUGUAUAUAUUCUUAAAUUCCAUUCCUUACUAGAUUUGUGUGUAUUGGGUAUAUGUUGUGAAAUUGUUAGAUGUUACUUGUUAGAUAUUACUGCACUGUCGGAGCUAGAAGCACAAGCAUUUCGCUACACCCGCAAUAACAAGACAGGCACUGUUAUAUGGGAUGAUAAAUAAUAUUUUGGCUGCUACAAGUUAGCUAGACUUGGCUGUAGCCGAGUUGCCUUGGCAUCUCUCUCUCUCUCCAUCCAUUGGGAUUUCAAUGUGGCCCUUUGUUUUAGAAAUAGUGAUAUUUGGGAGAUGAUUUCCAUUUCAAAUAACUGAAAGUGAGAGGUUGUAAUCUGAAUAAAGGGAAAAAGGCCAUUUGUCACGAUCGUCAUACAUAGAGGAGGACCAAGGCGCAGCGUUGAAGGCGAGCAUAUUUAUUAUAUUAAUGAUCACACGAUCAAAACAACAAAACGAUGACGUGACAGUCAAUGGUAAACACAAACCAAAUACGAACAAGAAACCACAAUGAAUGAGUGCCAAACGGCUACCUAAGUAUGACUCCCAAUCAGAGACAACGAGCUACAGCCGUCUCUGAUUGGGAGCCACCCUGGCCAACAUAGAUCUACAAAACCAGAAAGUGAAACCUAGAACCCACAUAGACUAUACACACCCUGGCUCAACAUAUUAGAGUCCCCAGAGCCAGGGCGUGACAGUAUCCCCCCCUAAAGGCGCGGACUCCGACCGCGCCCACCAAACACCACAGGGGAGGGACCGGGUGGGCACUCCGCUUAGGCGGCGGAUCCGGCUCCGGGCCUGAUCCCCGCUCCCUCUCCAACCCCCCAAAGUACCCCUGGUCCGGUCUGGCCCCGCUGGCCGGAGCUGGACUGCACACUGGUGGAGCGGAUUGCUCCAGCUCCGGCGUGAAGCAUCUGACCGGUGCCGGACCAGCCACCGGUGGAACAGGCACGGGCCGUGCCGGACUGACGACGCACACCACUGGCUUGGUGUGGGGAGCAGGAGCGGGCCGAGCCGGGCUGUCGAAGCGCACCACUGACUUGGUGCGGGGAGCAGGAACGGGCCGAGCCGGGCUGACGAAGCGCACCACUGACUUGGUGCGGGGAGCAGGAACGGGCCGAGCCGGGCUGACGAAGCGCACCACUGACUUGGGGCGGGGAGCAGGAACGGGCAGAGCCGGGCUGACGAAGCGCACCACUGACUUGGUGCGGGGAGCAGGAACGGGCCGAGCCGGGCUGACGAAGCGCACCACUGACUUGGUGCGGGGAGCAGGAACGGGCCGAGCCGGGCUGACGAAGCGCACCACUGACUUGGUGCGGGGAGCAGGAACGGGCCGAGCCGGGCUGACGAAGCGCACCACUGACUUGGUGCGGGGAGCAGGAACAGGCCGGACUGGGGACACACAUCACUGGUCCUACGCAGGGAUCUGGAAUGGGCCGGACCGGACUGGUAACACACCCCAGUACCUCUCGCCGUGCCUCUACACCUUCCACCCCCUCUUCGACCAGUGGCCCCCGUAACCUGGCGGCCUCCUCUGCCAAUCCGCUGGGCCGCUCUGCCGCGGUCUCCUGCUGGCCCGUCGUCCACGGCGUUAGCCCCCCCCUAAAAAUUUUCUGGCCGUCUCUCCUACCCGUGGACCAGGUCUCCAUGUCCCUCGCCAGCCUUUCGCCCUUCUGCCACAAUGUCAAGCCCUUCUCCUCCUCACUCGGCUUGACCCAGUCGAGGAGGCGAAGGAGAUCUGCUAGAGAUCUCCCUGGCGAUGGCUCCUGGACACACUGCUUGGUCAAAUCUUGGUGGUUUCUUCUGUCACGAUCGUCAUACAUAGAGGAGGACCAAGGCGCAGCGUUGAAGGCGAGCAUAUUUAUUAUAUUAAUGAUCACACGAUCAAAACAACAAAACGAUGACGUGACAGUCAAUGGUAAACACAAACCAAAUACGAACAAGAAACCACAAUGAAUGAGUGCCAAACGGCUACCUAAGUAUGACUCCCAAUCAGAGACAACGAGCUACAGCCGUCUCUGAUUGGGAGCCACCCUGGCCAACAUAGAUCUACAAAACCAGAAAGUGAAACCUAGAACCCACAUAGACUAUACACACCCUGGCUCAACAUAUUAGAGUCCCCAGAGCCAGGGCGUGACACCAUUCUUGAACAUGGGGUGAGACAAUCUUACUAAUUUGCUAGAGAACCAGUUCGGAUUUAAGUAUAACUUCUGUAUGACUGAAGCUUUUAGUGAUAGGUUUAAUGCUUUAAUAUUUAAUAAUUUCUGUCCUCCGAAUUCAUAUUCAUUAUAUAAAUAGGCCCGUUUAAUUUUGUCUGGCUUGCUGUUCCAAAUAAAAUAGAAUAUUUUUUUCUCAUAUAAUUUAAAAAACUGUUCGCUAGGCAUAGGCAAUACAUUUUACGUAAUUUAGCAGACGCUCUUAUCCAGAGCGACUUACAGGAGCAAUUAGGGUUAAGUGCCUUGCUCAAGGGCACAUCGACAGAUUUUUCCCCUAAUUGGCUCGGAGAUUAGAACCAGCGACCUUUCGGUUACUGGCACAAUGCUCUUAACCACUAAGCUACCUGCCGCCCCAAUACCAUAAGCAAAUAGGUAAACUGGGAUAAUACUAAAGAGUUAAUCAGGAUGAUUUUUCCACAAAUAGACAGGUAUUUACCUUUCCAUGGUAGCAAGAUCUUAUCUAUUUUUGCUAACUUUCUAUUAAAAUGUAUUGGAGUGAGAUCAUUUAUUUCAUUUGGGAUAUGUAUUCCGAGUAUAUCCACAUCACCAUCAGACCAUUUUAUUGGUGAACUACAUGGUAAUGUAAAAAUUGUAUUUUUAGUGAUCCAAUACGUAAUAUAGUACAUUUAUCAUAAUUUGGUUAGAAAAUGUAUCUAGAUCCUCUAUGAGGCUGUGGAGGGAUUCAAGUUGUGGAUUUAAAAGAAAACAUUAAUCAUCAGCGUACAAUGACACCUUGGUUUUUAAGCCCUGGAUUUCUAAUCCCUUGAUAUUAUUGUUGGAUCUGAUUUUAAUAGCUAACAUUUCGAUGGCCAUAAUAAAUAGAUAUGUCGAUAGUGGACAACCUUGAUUUACUCCUCUUGACAGUUUAAAACCUUCGGAGAAAUAGCCAUUAUUUACUAUUUUACAUGAUUUUAACCCAUUUUAUAAGAGAUGUUCCAAAAUUGAAAUGCUCCAGGCAUUUAUAUAUAAACUCCAGUCGUACUUUAUCAAAUGCCUUUUCAAAGUCUUCUAUGAAUAGCCUGCUAUGAAUAGCAGGCCUGGUUUCCCAGAUUUUUCAUAGUGUUCUAUUGUUUCCAGUAUUUGAAUUAUAUUAUCUCCAAUGUAUUGUCCAUGUAAAAAAACCUGACUGAUUAGAAUGAAUAAUGUCUGACAAUACCUUUUUAAUUCUAUGCGCUAUACAUUUUGCUCGAAUUUUUUUAAGGGGCCUCCACUUUUUUAAAUGGACUGGAUCUUUAUCUUUCCCACUUGUAUCCUGUUUCAGUAAUAAUGAAAUCAGACAUUCUUCUUGAGAGUCUGAUAAUCUACCAUUUACAUAGGAGUGGUUAAAACAUGCUAAUAACGGUCCUUUGAGUAUAUCAAAAAAGGUUUGGUAUACCUCGACUGGUAUGCCAUUCAACCCUGGAGUUUUUCGGACUUAAAGUCUUUAAUUGCAUCCAGAAGUUCCUCCUCUGUAAUUUCACCUUCACAUGAGUCUUUCUGUAUGGCUGUUAAUUUUACAUUAUCAAUAGAAAAAAAACAAUAGAUAUUAUAUUCCUUCUCUUUGAGCCAUGUAAAUAUUUUUCUUCUUUUGUUAUUAUCUGCUAAGCCAUUACAAUUAUAACUGGCUAUACUUAUUUCACCACUUACCAUAAUGAGAUAGAAGUUUCAAAUCUAUUUAUCAUAAUAUAUGUUUGUACAUUUAUCAAUAACAAAAUACCUUAGUGAUUGAGUGUCCAUAUACAGUUGAAGUCGGACGUUUACAUACAGUGGGGAGAACAAGUAUUUGAUACACUGCCGAUUUUGCAGGUUUUCCUACUUACAAAGCAUGUAGAGGUCUGUAAUUUCUAUCAUAGGUGCACUUCAACUGUGAGAGACGGAAUCUAAAACAAAAAUCCAGAAAAUCACAUUGUAUGAUUUUUAAGUAAUUCAUUUGUAUUUUAUUGCAUGACAUAAGUAUUUGAUCACCUACCAACCAGUAAGAAUUCUGGCUCUCACAGACCUGUUAGUUUUUCUUUAAGAAGCCCUCCUGUUCUCCACUCAUUACCUGUAUUAACUGCACCUGUUUGAACUCGUUACCUGUAUAAAAGACACCUGUCCACACACUCAAUCAAACAGACUCCAACCUCUCCACAAUGGCCAAGACCAGAGAGCUGUGUAAGGACAUCAGGGAUAAAAUUGUAGACCUGCACAAGGCUGGGAUGGGCUACAGGAAAAUAGGCAAGCAGCUUGGUGAGAAGGCAACAACUGUUGGCGCAAUUAUUAGAAAAUGGAAGUUCAAGAUGACGGUCAAUCACCCUCGGUCUGGGGCUCCAUGCAAGAUCUCACCUCGUGGGGCAUCAAUGAUCAUGAGGAAGGUGAGGGAUCAGCCCAGAACUACACGGCAGGACCUGGUCAAUGACCUGAAGAGAGCUGGGACCACAGUCUCAAAGAAAACCAUUAGUAACACACUACGCCGUCAUCGAUUAAAAUCCUGCAGCGCACGCAAGGUCCCCCUGCUCAAGCCAGCGCAUGUCCAGGCCCGUCUGAAGUUUGCCAAUGACCAUCUGGAUGAUCCAGAGGAGGAAUGGGAGAAGGUCAUGUGGUCUGAUGAGACAAAAAUAGAGCUUUUUGGUCUAAACUCCACUCGCUGUGUUUGGAGGAAGAAGUAGGAUGAGUACAACCCCAAGAACACCAUCCCAACCGUGAAGCAUGGAGGUGGAAACAUCAUUCUUUGGGGAUGUUUUUCUGCAAAGGGGACAGGACGACUGCACCGUAUUGAGGGGAGGAUGGAUGGGGCCAUGUAUCGUGAGAUCUUGGCCAACAACCUCCUUCCCUCAGUAAGAGCAUUGAAGAUGGGUCGUGGCUGGGUCUUCCAGCAUGACAACGACCCGAAACACACAGCCAGGGCAACUAAGGAGUGGCUCCGUAAGAAGCAUCUCAAGAUCCUGGAGUGGCCUAGCCAGUCUCCAGACCUGAACCCAAUAGAACAUCUUUGGAGGGAGCUGAAAGUCCGUAUUGCCCAGCGACAGCCCCGAAACCUGAAGGAUCUGGAGAAGGUCUGGAUGGAGGAGUGGGCCAAAAUCCCUGCUGCAGUGUCUGCAAACCUAGUCAAGACCUACAGGAAACUUAUGAUCUCUGUAAUUGCAAACAAAGGUUUCUGUACCAAAUAUUAAGUUCUGCUUUUCUGAUGUAUCAAAUACUUAUGUCAUGCAAUAAAAUGCAAAUUAAUUACUUAAAAAUCAUACAAAGUGUACCUAUGAUAAAAAUUACAGACCUCUACAUGCUUUGUAAGUAGGAAAACCUGCAAAAUCGGCAGUGUAUCAAAUACUUGUUCUCCCCACUGUACACCUUAGCCAAAUACUUCUAAACUCAGUUUUUCACAAUUUAUGACAUUUAAUCCUAGCAAAACUUCCCUGUCUUUGGUCAGUUAUGAUCACCACUUUAUUUUAAGAAUGUGAAAUGUCAGAAUAAUAGUAGAGAGAAUGAUUUAUUUCAGCUUUUAUUUAUUUCAUCACAUUCCCAGUGAGUCAGAAGUUUACGUACACUCAAUUAGUAUUUGUUAGCAUUGCCUUUAAAUUGUUUAACUUGGGUCAAACGUUUCGGGUAGCCUUCCACAAGGUUCCCACAAUAAGUUGGGUGAAUUUUGACCCAUUCCUCCUGACAGAGAUGGUGUAAUUGAGUCAAGUUUGUAGGCCUCCUUGCUUGCACACACUUUUUCAGUUCUGCCCACAAAUGUUCUAUAGGAUUGAGGUGAGGGCUUUGUGAUGGCCACUCCAAUACCUUGACUUUGUUGUCCGUAAGCCAUUUUGCCACAACUUUGGAAGUAUGCUUGGGGUCAUUGUCCAUUUGGAAGACCCAUUUGCGACCAAGCUUUAACUUCCUGACUGAUGUCUUGAGAUGUUGCUUCAAUAUAUCCACAUAAUUUUCCUUCCUCAUGAUGCCAUCUAUUUUGUGAAGUGCACCAGUCCCUCCUGUUCUUCACGGUCGGGAUGGUGUUCUUCGGCUUGCAAGGCAACCCCUUUUUCCUCCAAACAUAACGAUGGUCAUUAUGGCCAAACAGUUCUAUUUUUGUUUCAUCAGACCAGAGGACAUUUCUCCAAAAAGUACGAUCUUUGUCCCCAUGUGCAGUUGCAAACCGUAGUCUGGCUUUUUUAUGGCGGUUUUGGAGCAGUGGCUUCUUCCUUGCUGAGCAGCCUUUCAGGUUAUGUCGAUAUAGGACUCGUUUUACUGUGGAUAUAGAUACUUUUGUACCUGUUUCCUCCAGCAUCUUCACAAGGUCCUUUGCUGUUGUUCUGGGAUCGAUUUGCACUUUUCGCACCAAAGUACGUUCAUCUCUAAGAGACAGAACGCGUCUCCUUCCUGAGCGGUAUGACGGCUGCGUGGUCCCAAGGUGUUUAUACUUGCGUACUAUUGUUUGUACAGAUGAACGUGGUACCUUCAGGCGUUUGGAAAUUGCUCCCAAGGAUGAACCAGACUUGUGGAGGUCUACAAUUUUUUUUCUGAGGUCUUGGCUGAUUUCUUUUCAUUUUCCCAUGAUGUCAAGCAAAGAGGCACUGAGUUUGAAGGUAGGCCUUGAAAUACAUCCACAGGUACACCUCCAAUUUGACUCAAAUGAUGUAAAAUAGCCUAUCAGAAGCUUCUAAAGCAUGACAUCAUUUUCUGGAAUUUUCCAAGCUGUUUAAAGGCACAGUCAACUUAGUGUAUGUAAACUUCUGACCCACUGGAAUUGUGAUUCAGUGAAUUAUAAGUGAAAUAAUCUGUCUGUAAACAAUUGUUGGAAAAAUUACUUGUGUCAUGCACGAAGUAGAUGUCCAAACCGACUUGCCAAAACUAUAGUUUGUUAACAAGAAAUGUGUGGAGUGGUUGAAAAACGAGUUUUAAUGACUCCAACCUAUGUGUAUGUAAACUUCCGAGUUCAACUGUAGCUGUACCAUGAUAUUUGCAUUGCUACUAAGUAACCCUCCAAUUGUUCUCCACUAUUCCCCCCGCUAAAGCCCCUCCCCAUCCCAAGUUGGGUUGUCAUCCCAGUAAUCGGCAUACCACCCCCGUCCCCCCGGAUCCUUAAACGCCCCAAGAGGCCAGUACCCAUCCUUCGAAAACAGCACACAGUGCCACCCACAAAACAGAAGCAGGUCAACCGCCAAAAGCAUUUCCAAUGCUCUCACCUCAAUAUAUAUCUAUUGAAAUAUCUUGCAUAUCUUAAUUUCCAUCAUUAACAAUUAAUAUGCGUAAUAAUGUCGGCAGUUCAUGUGAAAGAUUGUUACCUAUAACCCGGAUUGCCAUUGUGUGGUUCUAUAUGGUUCUAAGUGGUUUUGUAUGGAACUGUGUGUUUAUAUGUACUUUUGUGUGGCCCUGUGUGGUUAUACAGUAUGUUGUUCUGUGCGGUUCUGUGUGGUUCUAAGUGGUUCUUUGUGGUUUUGUAUGGUCCUGGGUGGUUAUGUGGUCCUGUGUGGUUGUCUAUGGUUCUGAUAGUCUCCCUCUCUUUCUUUCUCUCAUCCAGGCACUGCUCUGGUUGUCCAGUGGGACCAUGUCCACCUGCAGGACAGCUACAACCUGGGCAGCUUCACCUUCCAGGCCACACUGCACAGCGACGGCAGGAUCGUCUUCGCCUACAAAGAGGUCAGUCUCUCUCUCUCUCUUUUUCUCUUUAUCUACGUAUACCUCACUCUCUCUCUCACUCUCUCUCUCUCUCUCUCUCUCCUCUCUCUCUCCUCUCUCUCUCUCUCUUUCUCUUUAUCUACGUAUACCAUCACACUCUCUCUCUCUCCACUCACUCUCUCUCUCUCUCUCUCUCUCCCCUCUCUCUCUCUCUCUCUCUCUCUCUCUGUUGCUCCCUAUCUAGGCUAUAUCUCCCUCACCUCCCCUCUCCCUCUUUCUCUCUCUUUCUCUAUUUCUGCUGCUCUCACUCCCUCUGUCACGGUCUCUCUUUAUUUAUCUUGCUGCUCCUCCCUCCAGCUAUCUCCCAUAGACGGUGGAUUGUUUAGCAACAAAACCGAUUUGUGCGCAACCCUUGAGGAAAACAGACGGGAUUAGUUUAGAAUCAAAGGAUUGUUGACAACAUGCACACAUUGUUUCCUCUCCAAAUGUUAAUUGAGAACAUAAAUACAUUUGCACAAUGAGUACUUGUUGUCUCUCAAAUAUAUUGUUACAGUUGUCGGCAGCUAGAUAGCGAUAAUUAGCAAAACAAGACAUGGUAUUGUCACGUCUACUCCCGCUCCUCCUCUCUGGCGCUUGUUGUCGCCAGUUCACUCACCAUUACGCACACCUGCCACCAUCGUUACGCGCACCUGUGCUUCAUGAGAUUCACCUGGACUCCAUCACCUUCCUGAUUACCUCCCCUAUACAUGUCACUCCCUUUGGUUCCUUCCCUAGGCGUUAUUGACUCUCUUUUUGUGUUUCAUGUCUGUUCGCUACUCGUGUUUCUUGUUUUGUUCCAUGUUUCAUUUAUUAUUAAAUUCACUCCCUGGACUUGCUUCCCGACUCCCAGCGUACAAGUGUCAAGAACAAGAUAAAACUAGCUGAAACGAGCCACCUACGAUUUCCCACAUGGCAUCUUCUUGUCAUUGUUGCUAGCUAUCUGAACGUUCAGAAUCAUAACAACACACGGCCUCUGCAAUGCGCACGCGUCAUUUUCGUGACGUUGUCAGCUAACCCAGCUAUAGGGGUGUAGGAGUGACAUUGUGUCACACCCAGCUGGUGUUUCUCUGUUUCUGUUUCUCGCUCUAUGUUUCUCUCUCUCGCUCUCUCAUUCCUCACCCUCUCUUCCUUGUUGUGACAGAGCACUUAUUUCAUUCUCUCUCUCCUUGAUUGUGUUGAUAAAUAAAGCUCUGUGCUCUCCAACCUCUGUUUUCAAUCAGGGCACGAUGCAACAUAUCUCUCUCUCCCUCUCUUUCUCUCUCUCUUUCUCUCCAUUCCAAUCAGGGAGUACUUUUCUCUAACUCCACUCACCUCAUCCACCUUCAUGUAAAGACGUAAAGUUCACUGCAGCGUUUACGUCACUUUUACUUUAACCACACAAUAAAAGUGUGUAUCUCCAAGGAUCUCUACAUUCUCAAGUUUGAGCCCGCCAGACUUGUUUUGCAGAAUUAUUAAUUUGCACCUUCAUUUUGAUGGAUUUCCUGGGAGAUGAGUCGAUUGUAAGCUCUUUGUUCUUGCCAGUAAAUGAAGUCCCAUUGUCUGUAGGCUGCGCCACAAAUGGCACCCUAUUCCCUAUAUAGUGCAGGCCCUGGUCAAAAUUGGUGCACUAUAAAGGGAAUAGGGUGUCAUUUGGGACACAUUUACCCCAGCCUUCCAUCAGCAUCAGAAACUGUUAGGCCUCUGCCUGGUUUGGUCUGUUUGGGUCCAAUUUCCAGCCAGCUGUUAGAUAGACAGGUGUGGUGGCUGGUGAUUGAUGCCCCUCCACUAUUCUCUCCUCUCUCUUCCAGAUCCCCAUCGAGGUGGCCCAGAUCAGCUCCGUCAAUCACCCGGUGAAGGUGGGCCUCUCCGAUGCCUUUGUGGUGGUCCACAGGAUCCAGCAGAUUCCCAGUGAGUCACGAUGAUGCAGAGAUUGCUGCGUCACUGCACGCACACACAUGACUCCCUGCGUUGCUACACACACAUAAACCAUCAUAAACCACAUCGCACACCCACACGCAUGCACGCACACCUCACACCUUUUACCACUCACACAUCACAUACACACAUACCACCUCACACCUUUUACUUUACACACACCAUCAAACAUCACUUAAGUUUUUUACUGUAUACACUAUCACAUACCACCUCAUACUGCAGGACACCAAAGGAUGGGCAGUGGAAACAUACAGUAAGCCAGUCACAUGACCAGUACACGUUUUUUUUCUCUCUCAAAGCUCCUCCCUUGUGGGCUGCAUUCGUCAUUUUUAAGGAAUUAUUAUUUUGGGUUAAAAUAAACACUCCAGGACACCCACACUGGAACAUCUCAAGCUAGAUAGAAAGUAUGUAGAAAUGAUAAUGGACCUAUACUGUAUAUAUUAAAAUAACUGUUCCUUUUUCCGGGCCGCAAAUUGAUUUUGAUGAACAAAUCAGUAAAAAAAAAAUCUAUGCAGCCUUUUGUUGAAUUCAAAAUCUCAGAAUUCACCCCUGCCCUAUAUGCUGAUCUUGGUUCAGUUUUGCAUUUUUCCCACUGGGGGAAGGGAAGUUGAUCCAAGAUCUGAACAUCACCCCAAAGCGGCUUUAGUUCAACCUUUUGCUGUGGCCUCUCAAACAGCAGAAUGGGUAUGAGUAUAUGGGCAUGGUCCAGAAUUAUAUGGGCAUGGUCUCUUUGCAUGACGUCCCAAUUUAGGCCCAUUAAAGUUAAAAGAAAGUUGAGCAAAGAGGAGAAAGUCAGCCUUUUCAUCCGCUGCUAGACACUGGGGCUUUCAUUUCAUUUUGAAGUCUGCGAAAAUCAUUAUUUUAAUUGCUUGUUGAGGAUAUAUUCAUAGGACUUGGCGUUUGAAGAAGGUACAGUAUUUGUUUCACUUAGCGUUUUAUAGCUAGUUGUUUAUAAAAUUACGACUUCGUCUGGAAUUAUUAAAUCAUGGGUAAUAAGUAACUCUACUCAGAAAACUUUACAGACUCUGACUGUGUCCCAAAUGGCACCCCAUUGCAUAUAUAGUGCACUACUUUUUUUACCAAAGCCCUAUGGGCACUACAUUGGGAAUUGGGGGCCAUUUGGAACAUAGCCUCUGUGGUCAGUAAUAAAGGGUUUAGGUGUUAUAAUGGGGAAUUCAAAUCUGCUGCUCAGCUGUUUUGUGAGUGUUGAGCUUCUGUGGUUGUUGAUUCUUUCUACUUCUCUGAAAACUGUGGGUUCAGGGGUGCUCUUGUUACAGUAGCUACAGUAGCUCUCCCAUAACACUCUUGUUGAUAUUAUAAAUAAUAAUAAUAUGCCAUUUAGCAGACACUUUUAUCCAAAGCGACUUACAGUCACGCGUGCAUAAAUUUUUAUGUGUAUGGGUGGUCCCGGGGAUCGAACCCACUACCUUGGCGUUACAAGCGCCGUGCUCUACCAGCUGGCUCUACCAGCUAGCCCUCAAACUCAACUCUGGACCUCGAAGCCAGUUCCACUGUGUUUUUUCAUUGUUCCCCUAUUUAUCAGGUAGAACAGAAAAACAGCAGGCUCCGGACCUCGUAGGGUAAGAGUUGAAAACCCCUGCUAUAGAGGGUUCUCAGGCUUCCAAAGGACUUGUGCUAAACACUACCCUCUUUGAUGUAGCCUUUCUAACGUUGAGCUCAGCUGGAUGAAAACAGACUCCUCGGCAGCAUCCCAAAUGGCACCCUAUUCCCUAUGGGACCUGGUCAAAAGUAUUGCACUAUAUAAGGAAUAGGGUGACAUUUGGGAUGCGGGGUGGGGGGGGCUGAGGAGUAUAUAUCUCCGCUCUGCUGAGGAGUAUUUUUUUCCGCCCAUACAGGAGUAAUGAAGGCCUAGUUCACACAUUUUGUGGGAUUUUUCAUUCUUUCUUUCUUUUAAUUAUUAUUAUAUAAUUAUUUUUUUAAUCAGGGGGUGCUCCAGCACCCUCAGCACCCAUACUUCCCGUGGCUAUGACACCAGGAGGUGCUGAUUUUGCAGGUACCAGAUUACAUUUGGACCUGGCGAAAUGUGGAAGCUAUACCGUCCACUAGGGGCAACGUGAGCACCUAUUACCGUAUAGUAGGCUCACUAAGGCAUUGUGGAUGGUGAAUGGGCAUUUAAGCUGCAGACGCCGGCUCCAAGGGUCGCGUGUUCAAUCCCAGUGCUAGGCAUGCAUUUUUAGUUUUUUUUGUUUUAAGCCUUUCCUUAACCUUAACCCUUAACUUACCCACUCAGAAUUAAUGCCUAAACUUAAGUUUAACCCUAUCCCUAACUUUAACCCUAAAGUUUAGAAUUAAUGCCUAAACGUAAGUUUUAGUUGAACUUUUUUUGACUGACAACGAAGAUACGGCACCACAUGGCAUAAUUCUGUGACAGCUAAGAUACGGCACCACGUGGUGUAAUUGAAACUUCAAGCCAUGGCGUAAUUCUGUUGCUGCAGUUAAGCCACAGGUUGCCAUUUUAUUUGGAGAUUCGGAUGCAAAGUUCUGUUUGUUGUAGCCUGAAAGAAAAUGCUGAGCCAGCUUCCUCGCAAACUUUUACCGAGCUCACUUCUUUAUUUAUUUUGUUUUAAGGGACAUACAAUACAGCCCAAACAGUAGUACUGUACUCCCUCUGAAGUAAACUAUUGGUUUAGGAUCUGAGAAGCCUGUCCUUUGGAAGUGUAAUAUCAUGAUAAUUAUAUACUGUAUUAUAAUAAAAACAUACUAGUUAAUGAGAAGAUGAAGGACCAGAAAAUGUCCUGGAAAACAUACAUUUGAUAAUAUAUUUCAUAUACCUAGUGAAUGGUGGCGAAUGUGAUAUGUCUAGAGAGGAGAGGGAAAGGCAGGUUGGUGGGUGAGCAUGGAGAAGGUAAUAUUUGGGCAGAGGGCAGACACCCGUGUCUGUCUGUCUGUCUGGAGAGAAAGGUCAGGAUUAGCAUCUUGGGUCUUCUGUCGGUCAAAAGGGAAGGACAAUCUCUCUCUCUCUCUCUCUCUCUUAAUGUGGCUCAGCCGCUGCUGUUUAGUAGGCAACGCAUGUAGCCAAUGCACCCAAUUCAGGAUAUACAGUAGCAAUGUUAGCUACAGGUUUGUUAACAUGUUAUGCUGUGCAGUGCUCUGCACAUCUUGACUGGCUGCAUUACCGCUUGGUAUGGCAACUGCUCGGCAUCCGACCGCAAGGCGAGACAGAGGGUAGUGCGUACGGCCCAGUACAUCACUGGGGCCGAGCUCCCUUUCAUCUAGGACCUCAAUUACCUCGUACCCCUGCACAUCGCCUCGGUACUGGUACCCAUUGUAUAUAUCCAAGUUAUCAUUAAUCCUUGUGUAGCUAAUAUUACUUUUAUUUUUACGUGUUUUACUUUUCUAUUAUUUCUCUAUUUUCUUUCUCUCUGCAUUGUUGGGAAGGGCCCGUAAGUAUUUCACUUUUAGUCCACACCUGUUGCUUGUGAUGAAUAAAAUGUGAUUUGAUUCAUAUGGAUAUGAGACAUCAGUAAAAGCCCUAACAAUCUUGAAAAAACACACACACACCCUGGUCUGGUCCCCUGGACAGCAGGUAGAAUGGAUCCUUCUGCCGUAUUGAUUGCACUGGCCCAGGGUUCCUCCCAGCUCUGAAACUCACUGUGUCAGAUGGCUGGACUACUUUGAUCUGAUUUCCUGCUGUGUAAUCCCAAUCCCUACAGCUGCAUGGAACUAAUUUUUCAUUCUCCUGGAAGAAAAUAAUGUAUUUUGAAAUGUAGAUCAACCUUUUAAGGACCGGUUGUUCUUUUAGACACUUUUGCUGAUACUUGUAGUGUUAGCGACUGUACAUGAAAAUGGUAUUUGAAGUUAUCUCUCGUAUUCUAAUAUGGUUAUGUAUUUAGACUAGAGUGAUUGGGACCAGUAUGAAAAAAAUGUAUGCACUCACUAACUGUAAGUCGCUCUGGAUAAGAGCGUCUGCUAAAUGACUAAAAUGUAAAAUGUAAAAUUGCUUAGUGGCUUUAAGCUCCAAGCAUCAGAGCGUAGCAUAGGUUGCGUACCAAUUCCUUUAUGUAGUGCACUACUUGAAUGGGCUGUGGUCAAAAGUAGUGCACUUUAUAGGGUAUAGGGUGCCAUUUGGGAAGAGACCAGGCAGCUGAAGGGCUGAGUGUUCAGUAUACAGGAGGGAACUCAUGUCGAGUCAAUAAGUGUUUCUGUUGCCAAUUACCAGCCUGAGCACACACAGCUAGCACAGCCGGAGAGGCUUCCUCUAACCCACUCCUUUAGCCACGUUCACGCUCAAGUUGUGAAAUGAAACAUUUUACUCUGCUAGCUAGCUAUUUCCAGGCCAUGGCGUUUGGGCCUGGCCUGUGCUGCGCUGGCAGCAGCAGGGGGAGGAUUUGCCGGCAUCCUGUGGACAGGCGAGAUAAUUACCAGGUCAGGUGCUAGAGGCCUGGAGACCCGCUGGUCUUCCUGUGUUAAAAGCUUUAAACCCAGGCUUUUAUUUAGCCACCUCCGGGCUGGGCAGCCAGACACACGGACAGCCAGACUCCCAGUCACCCUCAUGCAUUAUUCUGGUGAGGUUAUCAAAACCAGAAGCGCCUCGGUCCUUUUAAUACCUGUCUGAGUUUAUUCUUAUGCUAAUUCACCGCGGUAGCUGUACUACAAUAGCAGGCCCAGGAUUAGCUCACCUCAUUAUUAUACAGGCAGAGGAGGAGGUCAGCUUGACAUCCUUGUGUGUAUUCAUCAUAUCCAUUCAUAUUGUGAUAUUGCAUAAUUUCCAUGUCCAAUAAACAGGCUAUUUUGGGGUGAUUGCAACGAUUUUCGGGGAGGGGAUAAUGGAAGUAAUUUGCUCAAGGCAAGUGAGCUUGCCGUGUGGCGGUAAGGAUUCUGAAACUAAUGAGUUGGUGAUAUGAAAGCCACAUGAUUGUUAUCUUGAUGGCAGGAAAUACACUGGCAUGGAAUUAUAGCUUUUAUACCCCAUUGGGAAUAGCAAUAAGGAGAUAACCUCACAGUCAGGGUCCUAUGUGAUAUUCUGUUCUACCCAGUCAUUUGUAUUAUUAUUAUCACAGUCCUGUUGGAACAGUGUGAGUAUUGAAAAUCUGCCCGCGUAUCUAUCCUAUUUAUCCUCCCAGCAGAGUUGGACUCAUUUUACACUUACAUUUUAGUCAUUUAGCAGACGCUCUUAUCCAGAGCGACUUACAGUGCCUGUGGCACAGGUACUGUACACAGGCUACUGGCAAAUUAAGCCCUAUUCAGAAUUUAGAUUCCCUUAUUCCUUCAUUGACUUUGAACUCAUUGCACAAGGUCUCCACAUCACAUUUCCUUUGAUUCUCAUCCAACCUUCAGGGGUGAAUGAAUAAGAAAUAUUUUCCUUGGCUGGUAUUCUUAGAUGUGUACCAGACCAGACCAGUAGCCUAUUUUCCAUUGUAUUUUCUAUCUGGUGAGAUAUUGAUUGGGCCAGUGCAUAAUUUUGCACGAGUGUGCUUUUAAUUAGAUUAUGGCCUAAUUGACCCUUGUGUGCAUAAUUGAUGACACACUUCUACAAAGCUCCUUUUGUUUGAUGGUAUUGGAGCAGGGCAGCUAAAUCCUCAUUACCACUUUUGAUGCUCAGGCUGAGACUGUAAUUGCUGUGAGUUAAAUCUUCCUACCUCCCAGACCCGCUCCGGGGUGUAGUUUCCCAUAGGUGCAGAUCUAGGAUCAGCUUCCCCUCCCUAAUCCUAACCUUCACUAGUAGAGGGAAAAUGCAAAACUGACCCAAGAUCCAACUAGCUCUCACAGUCUCGUCAGAAUUAGACAUUCAUCCAUGUUUCUCAAACGUCAAAUUUAAAAGUUGUUGUAAACGUAACAUUUUAAAAUGUUUAAGGUUAAGUUUAGGCAUGAACUCCGAAUGGUCAAGGUAAGGGUUAAGUUUUGGGAUAGGCUUAAAACGAAAACCUCAAAAACAACAUUCCAUUGCUGGAAUUGAACUUGCAACCUUUGGAAUCAGAGGCAGAUGCUUACGCCCUAGCAAAACUGAAACCUACUUGAAGGUAACAGCGCUCACUGUUGUCACUAGUGGCCGGUUUCCACGUCAUCUCCCAACGUCCUCAGACAUGGAUGGAUGUCGAAUACUCACUUGUAUCACAGGUGACCUGGCUGCCAAGAUCAGUGUCUGAGAGCAACUUCACCCUACACCCCCAGACUCAUCCACCUCCUGAGGAAACCCGAGCCAGGCGACCGAGUCUGGCUAGUCUGCCCACAGAGCAGCACCCCUAGGCAGGCAGCGAGAGAGAGACCUCCCCCCUCCUCUGGCCCCUCAAUGCUAUCAUUGGACUUGAUCAUCUUACUGCCUGGGGCUAGAGGAAGCCAGCCAUAGGGGAGGGCAGAAGGUGGGUGGGAUGUGUUUCAGGGUCAAGUCAGCUGAUACUGUACAGCUGCAUCGCAAUGAUAGCUGUGCCACUAGAGAUCCUGGUUCGAAUCCAGGCUCUGUCGUAGCCGGCCGCGACUGGGAGACCCAUGGGGUGGCGCACAAUUGGCCCAGCGUCGUCCAGGGUAGGAGAGGGAAUGGCCGGCAGGGAUGUAGCUCAGUUGGUAGAGCAUGGCGUUUGCAACGCCAGGGUUGUGGGUUUGUGGGUUUGAUUCCCACGGGGGGCCAGUAAAAAAUAAAUAAUAAUAAUAAUAAUAAUGUAUGCACUCACUAAACUGUAAGUCGCUCUGGAUAAGAGUCUCAAGUGGCACCCUAUUCUCAAUAUAAUGCAAUGCUUUUGACCAGAGCCUUAUGGGCAGUGAUGUAGUGGUAAAACAAAUAGGUGGGUAAACGCUGAUCACCAUUAGCGGUGAGUAAAGUAACGUUCCCUAUACUUUCAAUGCAUUUUUCUGCAAAUAGGUGGGUAAACGCUUGUGCAAAAUAAAAAAGCACAUAAAUGCAUAAAUAGCGUUUACGUGCAUUUACUCUCCACUACUCCACUGCUUAUGGGCCCCAAAAGUAGUGCACUAUAAGGGAAUAGGGUGCUAUUUGGGAUGCACACAUAGUGUUUCCAGUGUGUAAGAAAAAGCUCUCCCCUGAUCUUUCAGGUAUCUGUUAGUGACAAGAGAUCUCUCUUGGAUUUAGUGGUUUUAGUAUCUCAGGGGCAGACUGGUCAUCUGGCAUUUCAGGCAAAUGCCAGAUGGGUUGUACCAUUCUUAGCCCAGUGGGCCUGUCUGACUUUUUUUCCCCGCAAAAUGAUCAUUAUCAGGUAGUGGUGAGCGAUUGGUGCUUUUUGAGGUUGGUUCAGUUUCGGUUUGAUUAUUAAAAUAUUACAUCACGUUUUCGGUAAAAAUAAAUAAAACAUUAAAUGUGAGUUGAAUGCUGUAACAACGCAGAAUAAAACAAUGAAUAAACGUCCCAUUAUGGUAGUGACUGUCCAUUGCUGCUUAUCACAUAUUAACCAUCAUUUAUUUACAUUACUUUACUUUAAUAAAAUAUUUGUUUUAUUUGAUUACUUUAUUAUUUCAUUCCAAGUCAUAAUCUCGUCUCAAUAGAGCUGCUGCCUAUGCUGUCUGCAAAAUCACAAUUUUAGUAGUUCUUCAAAGCAAAUAAGGCAUACUUUUAUGACUGCUGAAUACCAACUAUCAAUCACUUAGAUCAUGUAUUUUCAGGUAGAGAUACGUCGCAAGCAACUGCUCUCUAUCCCUCUUGCACAUUCUCUCUUCUCUCGGUCUCCAUCAAUGAGGUCUCCAUGUCUGCUCUACACAGACCGGACAAGUAAGCAGGCGCGCAAUUGAUUAUGGUCAUUGUAGUUAAUUACCACAUUUACGGCGCUAAACUAUGUAGAAUAUUGGCCUGUUGGAAACUAUAACUCCCUACUACAUCGCACAAUUUGGGCUUGAUCUGAUUUAUCUCUACAGAAACUGAGCAUUGAACUCACAGAAAAACCCAGAAUGAAAUGCAAUUCAAAUAAUUGAAUUGAAAUAGUUGUUUAAAAAACGAAAAGUAACAGACAUUUUGGUUAAUCGCUCAGCACUAUUAUCAGGCUAAUAAUGGGGGCCUCAUGGAACAACUGAGCUGGUGUGGGGGCCUCGAGAUUUUUUUUUUUGAAAUGCCAGGGAUGAUUUCUGGUCCCAGUCUGCCCCUGCUGUAUCUGGAUCCACAGAAGCACACAACAGGAUAAAUGGCUUUGUUCUAAGAUCAAAACUCAUCCAAGCAGUAUGAGUGUAUACAAUAAGUGUUUAUGAUGAAUGGGGCUCGCUAGCAGUCAAACUCAUUGCUGUAUAUGUUCCACAGCCAUGGCACUGUUUAUUGAAUUUCAAUUUUCUAGCUCGUUGCUCAAGCAAAUGCGUGUAUUAUAGAAAAUGUAAUGUGUCGAACAAUGUCAUAUGGGCUACAUUAAAUAAUUAUUCUCACUGGUGUACAUAAACGUCCCAUUGUAUUCCAGGAAUUUCAGUCACAUUAACUUGAAUUAAGGAUUUAACCACACCAGGAAAAUCACUAGAAUUAAGGAAUUAACUACUGUAGCAAUCUUUUACAUUUAUGAGAUUACAAUGGCAGAGCUAUGCCUUUUAAUUUGAAUUUAAUUAGGAUUUACAGUAUAAUAUAUAAUAUUAUAAUCCUUUCUCUCUGUGCAUAGUUUAGUGCAGUGCCGGGGGGAGAUGCAUGGACUGCAAAACCAAGUGGGCCGUUUUACACUAAGAUUGAAAAAGCAUCUUAGGGAGGGCGUUAUAUGGUCCAGGGAGGGACUACUGAGAGUUAAUGAUGGAUCAAAUCAAACUCUCCAUCUUACCUAGCGUGGUCCUGGUGACUGCUGCAGCAGAUUAUCUUGGUCACUGCGUCCCAAAUGACACCCUAUUCCUUGCAUAGUGCACUACGUUUGACCCUAUGGGCCCUGGUCAAACGUAGUGCACUAUAUAGGGAAUAUGGUUUGGGACGUUGCCUGGAAGAACUGGGGGCUUUCAACAGGGACUCUGAUAUCACCUCUAAUGGGACAUUGCUGCCCACCCCUUUGCCAAGUGGCAGGCUUUCUGUUAGAGAGAGAGUGAGAGAGAUAAAACUAAAGAAAUGCUCUUCUCUCUUCCCUUAUGGCCUGAUUCUGCCUCUCUGUUCUCUCUCGCUCUCUUCUUCGGGAACCACUUGUCCUAGUUUCAGCUCUCAGAGGAAGAUUUGUGACCUUUUUUCUUUCUCUCUCUCUUUCCUUCCUUCCCUCCCUCUCUUUACCUUUCUCUCUCGCUUACUCCAUCCAGAUGUUCGUAGGAGAACGAUCUAUGAGUACCAUCGUGUGGAGCUUACGAAGACCAAAAUCACCAACUCCACGGCAGUGGAGAUGAUGCCUCUACCGAGUAAGAUGGAUUCCUUUGAUAGACUUGGUUCAUGAUAUGAUAUAUGAUAAUGACAACACAAGUAGGCCCCCAUGAACUAGUCUAGGUUCUAGAUAAAGUCAUAGGUGAAACAGAGCUAGAGCUAAUAGAUGUCAGACUGUAUCCCAUAAUUUCAGGGACACCUGUGAGUCAAAACUCCUAUCUUUUAGAAACAUCUGUUUUGCAUUUAGCAAACUACAACAUUCUAGCUAUCCACAUAUGGAUUUCUAUGUUGGUGUUUUGACACUGGGCAUGAAUGUAUCAAGCGUCUCAGAGUUGGUGUGCUAAUUUACGAUCAGUUUAGCCUUCUAUUCUGAAAUGCUUAAUACAUUGUUUUGCAUGAUCAACUACAACAAUCUAGCAAUCUACAUAUAGAUUUCUACAUUGAGUUUUGACUGAGUCAGUAGACGUGUGUGUUGUGACGUGUGUGUAUUGUAAUGUGUGUGUUGUGAUGUGUGUGUUAUGACGUGUGUGUUGUAGUGUGUGUGUUGUAACGUUUGUGUGUAAAUUGUAACAUGUGUGUUGUGACGUGUGUGUGUGUGUGUUGUAACGUGUGUAUCCUGUUCCCUCCACAGCAUGUCUCCAGUUCACCAGCUGUAGCAGCUGCAUCUCCUCCCAGAUCAACUUCAACUGCAGCUGGUGCCACCGCCUUCGCAGGUCAGACACCCCUCUAUACCCCUUAUGUCUUUGUCUACAUCCCAAAUGGUACCCUACUACCAAUAUGCUCUGGUCAAAAGUAGUGCACUAUAUAGCAAAUAGGGAGCCAUUUGGGACACAGACCAUCUUUUUAUCUUUUUCAUCCAACACUCUACCUUUCUGUUUAUUCUCCCCUCCAUUUCCAUCGCUCGCUCAGUCCCUCUAUCCUUCUUCUCCCUCCUUUAACUGUUGCUAUUAGUUCCAGUCACUCAGUAACUAUGAUAUGUUAGCUAGCUAUUGAGUGUGAGGUGUAUGUAUUGACAUGUGGCUAUCAUAUGGAGUCUGAUUCUUCCCUAUUCCCACUGCUCAGUGUUUGUGUGCCAAAUGGCACCCUAUUCCCUGUAUAGUGCACUCCUUUUAACAGCGCCCUGGACGCUUGUCAAAAGUUGUGCCCUAUAUAAAUAGGGAAUAAGUGCAAUUUGGGAGGGAGCCAGUGAGUUCUGGUGAUGCUCAGUUGUUUUUCCUUCUUGAUGGCGUGCAAAGGAAAGGCAGGGAAGGAAUGAACAACAGAGGGAGAGAAAAGCAUGAGAUUCGACCCAUUACUCAUGAAAUCGAGACAGCCGCUCUCUCACACCUACUCUCUCUCUCUCCUUUCUCUCCCCCUUCCCCUUGACCAUUUGUCUUUCUAUCUUUCACACCCUCGCACAAAAAGGUAAAUAUUUGGGACAGUGUAGAAUGUUAUUGGACAGAUGGGAUAUUACCUGCCUGUUGUAAGAUGUGAAUGAUGGAGGUUUGGACAGAGUUGUUGGAGUGUUGUUGGAGCAUUGUUUUAGCGUUGGAUCGCAGCGUUUGGGUUCAGAAGACAGGGAAGCAUAAAUUAAUUAUAAAGCCGAGAAUGUGUUCCAGGCAUGUUGUUAUCCAUUAGAGGUUUGUAAAAGUCCAAGUUACAAGCCAUUAGUUAUCAAGUGCACUGAAAGGUUUCGGCCCUCAGUUCUUGGAAAAUGUCUGUUGGACUUAGCGGAGAUGAUUUGACUACUAUUACUCCCCUCCUCCUAUGUCUCUACACUUUGGUCGCGUCCCAAAUGGCAGCCUACUAUUCCCCUAUGGACACUGGUAAAAAGUAGUGUACUACAGUGGCUUGCGAAAGUAUUCAACCCCCUUGGCAUUUUUCCUAUUUUGUUGCCUUACAAGCUGGAAUUAAAAUGGAUUUUUUCCUUGAUGGCCAAAAAGCUCAAUUUUACCUCAUCUGACCAGAGUACCUUCUUCCAUGUGUUUGGGGAGUCUCCCACACGCCUUUUGGCGAACACCAAACGUGUUUGCUUAUUUGUUUCUUUAAGCAAUGGCUUUUUUCUGGCCAGUCUUCCAUAAAGCCCAGCUCUGUGGAGUGUACGGCUUAAAGUGGUCCUAUGGACAGAUACUCCAAUCUCCGCUGUGGAGCUUUGCAGCUCCUUCAGGGUUAUCUUUGGUCUCUUUGUUGCCUCUCUGAUUAAUGCCCUCCUUGCCUGGUCCGUGAGUUUUGGUGGGCGGCCCUCUCUUGGCAGGUUUGUUUGUUUCCAUUUUUUCAUAAUGGAUUUAAUGGUACUCCGUGGGAUGUUCAAAGUUUCUGAUAUUUAUUUAUAACCCAACCCAUUAUCUGUACUUCUCCACAACUUUGUCCCUGACCUGUUUGGAGAGAUCCUUGGUCUUCAUGGUGCCUCUUGCUUGGUGGUGCCCCUUGCUUAGUGGUGUUGCAGACUCUGGGACCUUUCAGAACAGGUGUAUAUAUAAUGAGAUCAUGUGACAGAUCAUGUGACACUUAGAUUGCACACAGGUGGACUUUAUUUAACUAAUUAUGUGACUUCUGAAGGUAAUUGGUUGCACCAGAUCUUAUUUAUGGGCUUCAUAGCAAAGGGGGUGAAUACAUAUGCACGCACCACCUUUCCGUUAUUUAUUUAUUAUAAUUUUUUUAAACAAGUUAUUUUUUUCACUUCACCAAUUUGGACUAUUUUGUGUAUGUCCAUUACAUGAAAUCCAAAUAAAAAUCAUUUUAAAUUACAGGUUGUAAUGCAACAAAAUAGGAAAGAUGCCAAGGGGGAUGAAUAAUUUUGCAAGGCUAAAGGAGAUAGGAAGCCUUUUAGUGGCCUAAGCAUCCAUUAUGAAACGACCCCAUUGUUAUUUUAGAUCAAUCAUUUAUUCAGAGAGUGACGAUGCGCAAUUUAGGAGAUGUGCCGUACACACACCGGGGCCACUGGGACUUGUGAGGUCACUAAAGGUCAGGGUUUAGCCUUUUCCUCUCCUCUGUCUCCUCUCUCCAUCCAACUAAUAUAAUAAUAAUACAAUCAUGUGUGCAUAUAUUUGACAUAUUGGUGGCUUUGGGAAUCAAACCAAUAAUCCUGGCAUUGCAAGCACAAUGCUCUAACAAUUUAGCCAUACAGGAUCACAGCUGACAAUGUAUCUGUAUUCUGUACCCACCAGAAGAAGACUACUUCUACCCCCUGUGCAUCCAACUGAACGCUCUUUAUGUGCAUCACAUCAGCAGUUUAUUAGAGCUGCGAUGACAAUAUACGCCUGAAUUAUAAUGAUCUAAUUACGCUGCGUUUUAAUGAGAUAUAGACGUGUGCGUGCUGCAUCACACUGUUAGGGCUCGCUCCGUCCUUUGUAUCCUUCAACAACAAACUUCAUUUGAAAAGGCGAAUGAAUGCACAGUUUAAACAAGCCAAUUGAAAUGCAUUGCAGCAUUGUUGGGCAGUAGGUUAAUGAAAGAAAGACGCUUGUGAUUUAAGAGAACGGCCGUAAUGAACCCGCUCUCUCCCCCUCUCUCUCUCUCUCUCUCUCUCUCUCUCUCUCUCUCUCUCUCUCUCUCUCUCUCUCUCUCUCUCUCUCUCUCUACCUCUGUCUCUCUAUCUCUCUAUCUCUCUCUCUCUCUACCUCUCUCUCUACCUCUCUCCCUCUCUCUUUACCUCUCUCUCUCUACCUCUCUUUCAAUUCAAUUCAAUUCAAAAUACUUUAUUGGCAUGGCAAGUUAAAUUACUUACAUUGUCAAAGUAUACAUAUAAUAAAAAUGGUGGGACCAACAGCAAUAAUAAUAGUAGUAGUGUAAAUGGGAUUACCAUUAGCAGCAACUACAACAACAAUAUUAAUGAGAAUAAUAAUACAUUAAAGCAAUAGUAGUAGGCCAGUCUCAACCUGACUGAGAAGCCACAUGACAUGGUAUGAAAGCCAAAACUAAACUAAAUGGGAAAUAUUCUUGACAUUACAAUGCACUUUUCACUGGCUGUCCCUCAGGUUUUGGCAGGAGGACACAUAUUUUGGCUUUUCACCCAAUAAAUAUGAGAUUCUUUCUUCAUUUUUUAUAGUUUCAAAUUCUUUGUACUGAAUGAUAAUUUUGGGAAAUAAAGAUUCUCUUAGGUCUGAGUAUUUGUCACAGUGUAAUAGGAAAUGCAGCUCUGUCUCUACCUCUCCCCUGGAGCAGAGUGAGCACAGCCUGUCCUCUCUGGGCAGCCAGGUUUACCUGUGAUGACCAGUCUCUAUAGCCAGACUGUGCUCACUGAGUCUGUACCUAGUCAGUGUUUUCCUCAGUUUUCUAUCAGUCACAGUGGUCAGAUAGUCUGCCACCAUGUACUGUCUGUUUAGAGCCAAAUAGCAUUGAAGUUUAAUUUCAUUUUUGGUGGUGUCUUUCCAAUAGGUAAUAUAUUUUUAUUUUUGCUUUGUGAUGAUUUGGUUGGGCCAGAUUUUCUGAGUGCUGUCCUGAGGCUCUAUGGGGUUGGUUUGGGUUAAUGAACUGAGCCUCAGAACCAGCUGGCUGAAGGGACUCUUCUCUUGUUUAAUCUCUUGACAUUGUAGAGCUGUGUGAUGGAAUGUUUCGGCAUCACUUGAUUUUAGAUGGUUGUAAAAUUUGAUGGCUCUUUUUUUCUAUUCGAAUAAGGAGGGGGUAUUGGCCCAAUUCUGCUCUAUAUGCAUUAUUUUGAGUUUUUCUUUGCACUUGCAAAACAGUCUUGCAAAACUCUGCAUGCAGUAUUUCGAUUGGAUGUUUGUCCCAUUUGGUGAAUUCAUUAUUAGUGUGGACCCCAUACUUUGCUGCCAUAUAGAGCAAUUGGUUCUAUAACUGAUUGGAAAAUGUUUAGCCAGAUUCUAAUUGGAAUUUCGAUUUUAAUGUUCCUUUUAAUGGCAUAGAAUGCUCUUCUUGCUUUGUCUCUCAGCUCGUUCACAGCCAUGUGAAAGCUACCUGUGCUGCUGAUAUUUAGUCCUAGAUACGUGUAGUUUUUGGUGUGUUCUAAUAGAACUGUGUCCAAAUAUAAUUUAUAAUUGUUUUUGGAAUAUCAUUAUAUUCUGGCCUUUUAGGUUAACUGUCAGAGCCUAGGUCUGACAGAACCUGUGCAGAUGAUCUAGAUGCUGCUGUAACCCCUCCUUAGUGGGAGACAGCAGCACCAGGUCAUUUGCGUACAGCAGACACUUGAUUUCAGUGUUGUGUCUGGUGAGACCAGGUGCUGCAGAUUAUUCUACUGUUUUUGCCAAUUCAUUAAUGUAGAUGUAAAUAGUGUUGGACUUAUUGAGCAGCCCUGUUUCAGUCCACGUCCCUGAGAGAAGAAGUCUGUUUGCUUGUUGCCAAUUUUUUAACAGCACAUUUGUUUUUUGUGUACAUUGAUUUAAUAACAUCAUAUGUUUUCCCUCCAAUACCACUUUCUAUUAGUUUAUAAAAAAGACCAUUGUGACAAAUUGAAUCAAAUGCUUUAUUGAAGUCUACAAAACACGAGUAGAUUUCGCCUUUGUUUUGGUUUACUUGUUUGUCAAUUAGAGUGUGGAGGGUGUAAAUGUGGUCUGUUGUACGAUAAUAAAAAAGAAAAAUCAAAUCUGACUUCUGCUCAGGAUGUUGUGUUCAUCAAGGAAAUGACGUAGUCUGCUGUUUGUGAUACUGCAGAGAAUUUUCCCCAAGUUGCUAUUAACGCAAAUUCCUCUAAUUAUUUGGGUCAAAUUUGUCUCCAUUUUUAUAGAUUGGUGUGAUCAAUCCUUGGUUCCAAAUAUCGGGGGAAAUACCUGCAGUGAGGAUAAUGUUGAAGAGUUUGAGUAUAGCCAAUUUGAAUUUGUGGUACCAUUCAUUUAAAAUACCAUCAGCACAACAGGCCAUUUUGGGUUGGAGAGUGCAUAGUUUUUCCAAUAAUUAUUAUUCUGUAAUUGGGGUAUCCACAGGAUUAUGAUAUGCUGUUUCAAGGAUUUGUCAUUUUUACUGUAUAUAUUGUUGUUCUGGGCUCUUUGUUAUAUUGCUGUAGAGGUUUUCAAAGUGAUUUCUCCACAUAUCCCCAUUUUGGAUAGCCAAUUCCUCAUGAUGAGGUUUGUUUAAUUUAUUCAAAUUAUUCCAGAAGUGGUUUGAUUCUAUGGAUUCCUCAAUUACAUCCAGCUGAUUUCUAAUGUGCUGUUCCUUUUUUGUUCUUAGGGUGUGUUUUUUUUGCGUCAGUGUUUCCCCAUAUUGAAGGCGUAUAUUUUUGUUGUCUGGUUCUCUGUGUUUUUGAUUAGAUAUAUUUCACAAUUACUUUCUUAGAUUUUUGCAAUCAUUAUCAAAUUAUAUUUUUUGGCUACUAAUUGCUUUUUGGUAGAUUUCUGUACUGUUUGCACUCUAUCUAUAGGCCUGUUUAGUACCAUGUAAUCUCUCUCUCUACCUCUCUCUACCUCUCUCUCCUCUACCUCUCUCUACCUCUCUCUCGCUCUCUCUUUACCUCUCUCUCUCUACCUCUCUCUCUCUACCUCUCUCUCUCUACCUCUCUACCGCUCUCUCACUCGACCUUUCUCUCUCUACCUCUCUCUACCUAACGCCCUCUCUCUCUCUGGGAUGCGUAAGAACCUGCUCGUUAGGUACCUGCUCUCCCAUGUGUGUCAGGCUAGAUCAGCUCAUUGGGUCCCUCUGAGGGAUGCAAGCUGGGCGCUGGGCUGGGUUGGACAAU